AUGGGCGCUUUACCGUCUCGUGAGUCGACGACGCUGUAUUCCUACUUCAGAGGUACUUAUGAGAUUGGACUGAUUCCACUAACAAAAGCCUUUUUUGGUGUUCCAGCGGCUGAAAACAACCAUGGCGGGGAAAAAAUAAGUGAGGAGGAGGGGUUGCAGGUUGGGGCUGGUCGCCAGCAGGAAGCUCAUGCCUCCCAGGCGACAUUGACAGCCUCUCAUAUUGCCGGUGUAAAGGAGCUCCGACGUCAAUUUGUAAUUAUGCGCGGCGAUCCAGCCAUUUUGUACGCUAGUGCCCGUGGGAAAGCAUAUACGUUGUGGCCAGAGCUUCUUGCCGACACCUUUACUGAGGAAGAUCUAGAUGUAUUCUUGGAGGCGGUUGAGGAGGGGCUCUAUGACAGCGAUGCAGAAAUGAUUGCGGACACUCAAAGUCCCCUUAUCCCGCUUCCAUGUGCCCUUUGCCUCGUUUGCAAGGACGGACAGGAACGCUCCGGGUGCUUCUUUUGGCACGGCCGCAGUAUCGUUGUCAUUGGGUACUUUGCUUGCUUUACGGCAAACCUAUGUAAGGCAUUUAAAGUGUCAAAACGAAACCCUGCAGAGGAACCAAGCAUACCUAUGAAUAUCAACACUGGCUCAGGUCAUCGUUCUUCUUUUAAUUCUGACAAUGUAUCGCUCUUCUUAAAUGCCGGUGUACUUGCCUCUGCCGGAGACCGCACACUCGAACGUGUUCUCCUUCUGGCUGCUGUAAUGAUGCGAAACCAGUACCUGAACGCAUUUUUUCGUGCUCGUAGUUCAGAACCCUCCUUAAUUGCUAGGGAUGAAUUUCAGGACAUAUUUAACUCUGAAUCCGGAGUCUUCUCGUUCUCCCCCUACGAUGGGUUAUUUUUUGAGGCUGCGACACGCAAUAAAAGCGCCGUCGAUGCACAAGUCCGAGAAGAAGCUUUAAAAAUGCUGCAGCAACGACUAGAGCGUCUCACCUUGUACGUUGAGGCGGCAGUUGACAAUUACUCUUCGUUGAAGUCUUUAACUGAAAAUGUCGCCUUCUUGCAGUGUCAGACAAAUUUAGGCCCAGGUUUGUGUGCGAUAGAACUACCACGAGUUGUGCUUGAUGGAUUUGAAUCCACGGCAAUAAGUGAAUACGAUCACAAGCCUAAUGCUGAGGGAGAGCAGGAGGAUCCAGCGACAUGCCCUAAUGAAGCAUUGCACAUUGCUGCCCCCGCAGCAGUGGGGCACACAGAAAAAGAUGGGGAGGCGAAUAAUGUUCGAAUGUAUGCUAACACGCCCGAACCACUACAGGUUAGGGAGAGCAACAAGAAUGCAGUAUUGGACAAAGAUGCUCCUGUGGAGUUUGUCCGGGUUUGUUUUGGGUCAAAGUAUGUGGUGAAGGCCACCAUGUGGGUAUCCAGCCUCCUUAGUUCACCUACGAAACUUGUUGGGGGAGGCUGGGUCCAGUACAAGCUUAAGGAUGAAAGUGAGGAACUGCGGCAAAUGUUACAUGGAAAAGAUUCUAUUGUGGCUAGUUGGAGGGAAAAGUGCAAAGAUGUUGCUAAUAGUUAUAUGGGCGAGGCGACUUUGCCGUUGCUUCGGCAUGUAAAGGCACUUCGAGACGAGGUGGAGAGAGCACGUGGGAUUUCUCUCAAUUUAUGGCCAGUUAACAAAUUGAUUCAAACUCGGGAGGGUCGUACGUGUGCGCUUCACCACACCUCUUUUGGUACGAUGCUUAUUGGCAUUCGUGGCCGGCGAGAUGUGGAUAAUUCUCGGAAUUCAGAAAAGAAAAAAGGAUCUGGUCGAGAGAGGAUGGGUCAUGCGUCUGGCAAUGAGGUUUCCUCUUACUCCACCGGGAUGUGUACUUCCCGAAGUCGUACUGGUAGUUAUAACCAUGUCUCCGCUCAAGCUCAGAGCGCGGAACACAUUCCCACUUCGGGCAGCAUGCACCUUGAAGCCUUGUCUAAUUUGUCUCCCAUAAUGAAUACAAGGACUAUGGGAGGAGUCGCACCUGGUCCGGUGUAUGGGGCUGCUCCUGGGAGUAUUAUUGCUUCUUUCCCCUUUAUGCCGGAGACGCAGAUGCCCCCUAGCGUUUCCUUUCAACCUGGCAUAAUGCCAACUACCAUGAUGGUUCCUUUUUUGGCAAAUGGUAUGGGAGAUACGUCAUUUGCAGAGCGAAAAGAGCAAACCUCCAUGGUGGUACCCCCACCGAUUUUUCAUACUCUUCCUUUUCCCACGGCACCAAUGGAAACACGAGGAGAGGCCGUGGCGGGAACGUUCAGCAACGCCAACAACGUCAGUAAUGGCGAUGACAAGAGUGCCAAUCCGGGUGUGUCCUCCUCGACGAAUUUUGUGGCAGCCGACGCGGUGAUGCCAGCACCACCGUAUCCCUUUCCCGUUCGAAAUUUCGCCGGAACACCACCCGGUGGAGCGUUUCCUCCCGCACACGUAAGUAUACCUCAACCGCAACCGCAACCGCAACCGCAACCGCAGCAGCAGCAGCAGCAGCAAUUUAUGCUGCUUCAACAAGGCCCCGGUGGGGUUCAUGUUUUUGUUCCUAUUACUUCGGCACCGCAGCAGUCGCCGCCUCUACCACCGUAUGGGUUUCCUUACGGUGGUAAUGUUGGCUCCUCCCAGGUUGUGAUGGCCUCCCCGCAGCCCCUUCUUCGCGAGUCAUAUUUGUCUCCGUCCCAGCUAGUCGGUGUCUCUGCCGUCGCGGCCGCCAGCAUUUCUGGUAAAAACCCGCCUCCUAAUUAUUUUUACUACGUCUCUACACCAUAG